AUGAUUCCUCCACCACCUCCACCUCCUCCCAAAUAAGUUGAAAAAGAAGAUGCUUUCAGGAAGAAACUGCUAGAAAAAUUCGGAAACUUCGAAGGGUCAACCACUGAUGAAAUCGAAAAAAAACUUAAAAAGUCAGAGGACAUCGAUGAAACCUGUUUUAGUGAAGCUGAUGGAACUGGAGUUUUGGAAAAUUAACCUCUGGAUACUUCAAAUUGUACACAAUGCGAAAGAUGUUAAAAAUGGAUAAAAAAUGAGUCAUAUCAACAUCAUCUCAUAUGCCAUUCUACAAGAAUUUUAGAUUGGUUGUACUUGGGAGCAGCAAUCAAUUCAGAGAAUGAAGUUGAACUCGAUAAGAGGACUAAUGUCACCUACAUUUUGAAUGCUGCUGCAGAAUGCUAAAAUUAUUAUCCCCAAAAAUAUCAAUAUCUAAAAUUACAUCUCAUGGAUACUAUUGGCGAAACUAUCCUAAAUCACUUUGAUGAAGCCUAUGAGUUCUUAGAAAAAUGCAGAAAAGAAGGGAAAUGCGCCUUAGUGCAUUGUCAGUUGGGUAAAUCGAGGAGUGCUACCAUCGUGAUUAUGUAUUUGAUGAAACAUCUCGGCAUGAACCUAAGGGAAGCAUUUAAAUACACGAAAGAAAAACGCUACAUUGUCAAUCCCAACAUCGGAUUUAUCAGGCAAAUGAUCUAGUUCGAUGAGCAACUAUAUGGAAAGAGGUCAAUCACAGCUCACGAGAUCAACCCGUUAUGUAGUGUGGAGUUUGAUUGAUGACAAAUACAAUCCUCUGUAUUCUAUAAAGAAUAAGAAAUAUAAAUCAAUUUGCAUAUAA